AUGAGAGAGAUCGUACUAGUACUCAGGAACCGAAAAUCAACCCGAAUAAUCGGGGUAGACCUUAUGGCAGCGUUGGAAAAUAUGGCUGCUACUAUAAAGGCCACUGCGGAGGCUCUUGGGCAACAGAUAAGCAAUAAUGGCAAUGGCGGAAGUGGAGCUCAGGGCCCGAUAACACUGGCAACUUUAUUAAAGGUUAAUCCACCUAAGUUCAAGGGAACCACUAAUCCGACUGAAGCUGACACCUGGUUUCAGGCCAUGGAGCGAGCACUGCAAGCGCAAACGGUCCAGGAACUUGAAUUACUGCAAUUGAAGCAGGGUACAAUGUCCAUAUCUGAGUAUAAGGAUAAAUUUGAGGAGUUAUUCAGGUUUUCUUGUAUGUGUCAAGGAACCCCUGGAGACUUCGAGGAAUGGAAGUGUAUUAAGUAUGAGGGAGGACUUCGAUGUGAAAUCCUGAGCUCCGUUGGACCGAUGGAGAUUAGGGUCUUCUUCGAACUUGUGAACAAGAGCCGUAUUGCUGAAGAAUGUGUGAGGAAGGCUAUUGAGGCAAAGAAUGACCAUCGGGAGUCCCACCGCAGGGAGCACAAUCAAGAGUACCCAACAAGGGGUCAAGAGUUUAAGAGAAGAGGAUAUCCACAACGUUUUUUCCAAAGGCAAAAUGACCUUGCGACGAAUAAGAAUUCCCAAGGAAAAGGUAGGGAAAAACAAAUAGUGGCUACUUCGGAUGUUUUGAGCUGUCAGAGAUGUGGAGGUCAUCACCCAAAUAGACCAUGUCGUUAUGGUUCGGGUUUGUGUUACAAUUGUGGAAAGCUAGGACAUUUGGUCAGAGAUUGCCCACACCGGAAGGACCGGGAGACUGCCAGGUCCGAUUUUCGUACCUGA